AGGAGGGGGGCGUUCUGAAAUAAUAUAGUCAGCCAUUUUUUAUGUAAGGGGAUUUUUCUUAUUGGGGGGGUUGUUAAAAAAUAAAUAUAAGGGCGGCCAUCUUUGUUUCUCUGCCUUGUAGUGUAAAAUAUUCCAAAACGCCCCCCACUUUUUUGUGUGUCGAUUUGAAUAUUAAAUAAAUAUCAUAAUUCGGGAGGAAUACUCUUUUUGAUUUCGAGGACGGGGUCGGUGACAGGAAUAUAAUGUCCUCUCCUCUACGCUCCUGUGAGGAAGAUGAGGGCAUGUUGGCUAAUUCCGAGGGAGGAGAUUUUGAUGAAGAAGAAGAGGACGACGGAGACCUAGACGAGAACGCAAGCGACAUAAACUCGCCGGCGGCGCCUAGAGAAACUGCAACACUAGCCGCGCCAGAUGACUGUGAAGAAGGGGGCGACGCAUCAGACAGAGACAGCUUCGGCAAAAAGAAACGAGGCCCCAAGAAAAAGAAAGAGACAAAAAAGAAGGACAAGGAGAAGGAGGGCAAGGCAGCCAAAGCGCGGAAGCGCAAAAAAAUUGAAAGUGAUGUAGAGAAGGACUCGGAGAGAGACUAUGGGGAAAACUCUGACAGCGGUGCUAGUGACUAUGGAGGAGAGAAGAAGAAAAAGAAGAAACACAAAGAAAAGAAAGAGAGGAAGACAAAAAAGAAGAGGAAAGAAGACGGGGACAGCGCCCAGGAGGAAACUGUAAAGCAGCCUGUGGAGCAGAAGACUUCUGCCCAGCUGGCUCGGGACUGGGGCCUAGAGGAUGUGGAUCACACCUUCACCGAGGAGGACUACCGCACGCUCACCAACUACAAGGCUUUCAGCCAGUUCAUGAGGCCGAUGAUAGCCAAAAAGAACCCCAAGAUCCCCAUGUCCAAGAUGAUGACCAUCCUGGGGGCGAAGUGGCGGGAGUUCAGCUCCAACAACCCCUUCAAGGGUUCCGCCGCCGCAGUGGCAGCAGCUGCGGCGGCGGCGGCGGCAGCCGUUGCCGAGCAGGUCUCCGCGGCAACUGCCUCUCCGGAACCCCCUCCCCAGCCUCCCCCACUGCGCAAGGCCAAAACCAAAGAGGGCAAAGGAGUUGGCUACAAGAAGCGGAGCAAAAGCCCAAGAGUCCCUGACAAGAAGGCCAAGGCCAAGGCCAAGAAGAUGGCCCCGCUGCGCAUCAAACUGGGCACACUGGGGCCUAAGAGGAAGAAGAGCAGCUCUAGUGAGGACGUGGACGACGACGACUCGGAGCAGGAGAACUCCAGCGUCCACAGCUCGUCCGUGCGGUCCGACAGCUCCGGCCGCGUCAAGAAGAACAAGAGAGGACGGCCCAAGAAGAAGAAGAAAAUGCUGGGGGACGAGGAUGGCGAAGGCUACGAGACGGACCACCAGGACUACUGCGAGGUGUGCCAGCAGGGCGGCGAGAUCAUCCUGUGCGACACCUGCCCGCGCGCCUACCACCUGGUGUGCCUGGAGCCCGAGCUGGAGAAGGCGCCCGCCGGCAAGUGGAGCUGCCCACACUGCGAGAAGGAAGGCAUCCAGUGGGAGGCAAAGGAGGAAGACUUUGAGGAGUUUGAGGAGGAGGCCGAAGAGCCUGUAGAGGCAGCGGUGGCGGCAGCCGGGGAGGAAGAGGAGGAUGACGACCACAUGGAGUUCUGCCGUGUGUGCAAGGAUGGCGGCGAGUUGCUCUGUUGCGACUCAUGCCCUUCCUCCUAUCACAUUCACUGCCUCAACCCGCCCCUUCCCGAGAUACCCAAUGGGGAGUGGCUGUGCCCACGUUGCACGUGCCCACCAAUCAAAGGGCGUGUUCAGAAGAUCCUGCACUGGCGGUGGGGUGAGCCCCCUCCACCUGUCCCCGUCCCCCCGCCUCCCGAUGCCGCGCCGGACGCGCCCCCUCCGCCUCCCAUGAAGGGGCGGCCGGAGAGGGAGUUCUUCGUGAAGCUGGCCGCCCAAUCCUACUGGCACUGCACUUGGAUCACAGAGCUACAGCUGGAGAUUUUCCACUCGGUUAUGUUCCGGAACUACCAGCGCAAGACGGACAUGGACGAACCCCCGAGCCUGGACUACGGCUCUGGGAAUGAGGAAGAGUCUGCGAAGAGCGAGAAGCGGCGGGCCAAAGACCCGCAGUUUGCCGCCAUGGAUGAUAAGUAUUUCCGCUACGGCAUCAAGCCUGAAUGGAUGAUGAUCCAUCGUAUAAUCAACCACAGUGUGGAUAAGAAGGGGAACUACCACUACUUGGUCAAAUGGAGGGAUCUGACCUAUGACCAAUGCACUUGGGAGAGAGAUGAUUUGGAUAUCCCAGACUUUCACGUGCACAAGUCUGCCUACUGGAGACACAGGGAUGAAGUGAUGAAGGAGGACACAGACAAGCCGAGGAAGAGGAGGAGAGAAGAAGAUAAUGAUGACAACGAAAACGAUGAUGAAGUUCCUCGAACACCUGUUACUGAUCCCACCAUUAAGUACGAGGAGCAGCCGGACUUUGUGACGGUGACGGGGGGCACGCUGCACCUCUACCAGCUGGAGGGGCUCAACUGGCUGCGCUUCUCCUGGGCGCAGGGCACCGACACCAUCCUGGCCGACGAGAUGGGCCUGGGCAAGACCAUCCAGACCAUCGUCUUCCUCUACUCCCUCUUCAAAGAGGGUCACACUAAGGGGCCGUUCCUGGUCAGCGCCCCCCUGUCCACCAUCAUCAACUGGGAGCGCGAGUUCGAGAUGUGGGCGCCCGACUUCUACGUGGUGACCUACACCGGCGACAAGGACAGCCGAGCCAUCAUCCGGGAGAACGAGUUCACCUUCGACGAGUCGGCGGUCAGGAGCGGGAAGAAGACCUUCAAACUGAGGAGAGAGGCCAUCAUCAAGUUCCACGUGCUCUUGACCUCCUAUGAGCUGGUGACCAUCGACCAGACUGCACUUAAAUCCAUCGACUGGGCCUGUCUAGUUGUGGACGAGGCUCAUCGUCUGAAAAACAAUCAGUCCAAGUUUUUCAGGAGGCUAAAUGACUACAAGAUCGACCACAAGCUGCUGCUGACAGGGACCCCACUGCAGAAUAAUCUAGAAGAGCUUUUCCACCUGCUCAACUUCCUCACACCCAACCGUUUCAACAACCUGGAGGGCUUCCUGGAGGAGUUUGCGGACAUCUCCAAGGAGGACCAGAUCAAGAAGCUGCACGACCUGCUGGGGCCCCACAUGCUGCGGCGGCUCAAGGCCGACGUCUUCAAGAACAUGCCGGCCAAGACGGAGCUCAUCGUCCGCGUGGAGCUCAGCCCCAUGCAGAAAAAAUACUACAAAUUCAUCUUGACGCGAAACUUUGAGGCUCUGAACUCCAAAGGAGGUGGUAACCAGGUGUCUCUCCUCAACAUCAUGAUGGACCUGAAGAAGUGCUGUAACCAUCCCUACCUCUUCCCCGUGGCAUCCAUGGAAGCUGCCAAGACACCCAGCGGGGCCUAUGAGGGUGUGGCCCUCACGAAAGCCUCUGGGAAACUGACGCUGAUGCAGAAGAUGCUGAGAAAGCUGAAGGAUCAGGGUCAUCGCGUCCUCGUGUUCUCCCAGAUGACUAAAAUGCUGGACCUGCUGGAGGAUUUCCUGGACUUCGAGGGCUAUAAGUACGAGCGCAUCGACGGGGCUAUUACGGGAGCACUGAGGCAGGAGGCCAUCGACAGGUUUAAUGCUCCAGGUGCCCCUCAGUUCUGUUUCCUCCUCUCCACUCGAGCGGGCGGUUUGGGCAUCAACUUGGCCACAGCUGACACGGUCAUCAUCUUUGACUCUGACUGGAAUCCACACAAUGAUAUUCAGGCAUUCAGCCGAGCACAUCGUAUUGGCCAGGCCAACAAAGUGAUGAUUUACCGCUUCGUGACUCGGGCCUCGGUGGAGGAGCGCAUCACGCAGGUGGCCAAGCGCAAGAUGAUGCUGACCCACCUGGUGGUGCGGCCCGGCCUGGGCUCCAAGGCAGGGUCCAUGACCAAGCAGGAGCUGGACGACAUCCUCAAGUUCGGCACCGAGGAGCUCUUCAAGGACGAGAUGGGAAUCGAGAAGGCCGGCGAUAUCAAAGAGGAGGACGGCAGCGUGAUCCACUACGACAGCACGGCCAUCGAGCGGCUCCUGGACCGCAGUCAGAACGCCACAGACGACUCGGACAUGCAGAACAUGAACGAGUACCUGAGCUCCUUCAAGGUUGCCCGGUACAUGGUGCGGGAGGAGGACAAGGUAGAGGAGAUUGAGCGCGAGAUCAUCAAGCAGGAGGAGAACGUGGACCCGGACUACUGGGAGAAGCUGCUGCGCCACCACUACGAGCAGCAGCAGGAGGACCUGGCGCGCAACCUGGGCAAGGGCAAGAGGGUCCGCAAACAGGUCAACUACAACGACGCCGCUCAGGAGGACCAAGAGUGGCAUGCUGAUAUUUCAGAUAACCAGUCAGAGUACUCAGUGGGCUCAGAGGAGGAGGACGAGGACUUUGACGAGAGGCCUGAAGGGCGUAGGCAGUCACGGCGGCAGCUCAGAAACGAGAGGGAUAAACCACUGCCCCCCCUGUUGGCCAGAGUGGGGGGUAACCUUGAGGUCCUUGGCUUUAACACUCGUCAGAGGAAGGCCUUCCUGAACGCCGUGAUGAGGUGGGGGAUGCCCUCACAGGACGCCUUCUCCUCCCAGUGGCUGGUCAGAGACCUGCGGGGGAAGUCUGAGAAGGAGUUCAAGGCAUACGUGUCUCUCUUCAUGCGGCACCUGUGUGAGCCCGUUGCUGAUGGCUCGGAGACGUUUGCCGACGGCGUGCCCAGGGAGGGCUUGUGCCGGCAACCCGUGCUGACCAGGAUCGGGGUCAUGUCGCUGGUCAAGAAGAAGGUGCAGGAGUUUGAGCACAUCAACGGCAAGUGGAGCAUCCCCGAGCUGAAGCCGGAGAUCAGCGUGGACUCCAAGUCCUCGCGAGCGUCCUCCCCCGCCAUCAACACCUCCACGCCCACGCCAGAGCUCAGCUGCAACAACACGCCCUGCACCUCCAAACCAGCAACCCCUGCUCCAGUGGACAAGCUGGAGAAGAAUGGCAAAGAGGGAGAGAAGGAAGCCGAGGGAGAUGUGCAGCCAGACCCUGAGAAGGACAAGGACCAGGACAAGGAGAAGGAGAAGAGCAAGGAGACGGAGGGAGACAACAGCACAGAGAAGGCUGACAAUACAGAGCCUAUGGACACCACUAAGGAGGGGACACAGGAACCGGCCACCAGUGACCAGCCCGACUCAGCCAGCGAGUCCAGCGUAGCCCCCUCCAUCGCCACCCCCUCCGCCGAGGAGCCCAAACCCACAGAGGCGUCCGAGUCGCCCCCCGCACCUCCUCCUCCUGGGGAGAAGAAGGAGAAAGGAGAAGAGGAGGAGGAGGAGGAGGGGAAGAAGGGAGAGCAGGAGACGCCCUCCGACGAAAAGUCGAAACCCGAGGCCGCCGGCGACUCUCAGCCUAUCAAAAACGAGAAACCAGAGUCGGAGAGGACGGACAAGCCCGAGGAGGACCAGGAGAAGGGCGAGGAUGCCCCGGUUGCCGUGGAGAAGGCCGACAACAAAGACAAGCCGGAGGGCCUGGCCUCGGAGGUCAAGAAAGAGGAAUCCAAGGUCGACAAGGACCCCGGGAGAGAGGUCAAGGGGUCGAAGGAGGACACGCCGCCGGUGACAGCCGCCAAGGGCAACGGGAAGGUGGAGCGGCCGCGCUUCAUGUUCAACAUCGCCGACGGAGGCUUCACAGAGCUGCACACUCUCUGGCAGAACGAGGAGCGGGCGGCGAUCCAGUCAGGCAAGAUGAACGAGAUCUGGCACCGACGCCACGACUUCUGGCUGCUAGCAGGCAUCGUGCUUCAUGGUUAUGCACGGUGGCAGGACAUCCAAAACGACCCGCAGUUUGCCAUCGUCAACGAGCCCUUCAAGACGCAGGCCAACAAGGGGAACUUCCUGGAGAUGAAGAACAAGUUCCUGGCCAGACGGUUCAAGCUGCUGGAGCAGGCCCUGGUGAUUGAGGAGCAGCUGAGGCGAGCGGCGUACCUGAACAUGACGCAGGACCCCACGCACCCGGCCAUGGCGCUGAACGCCCGCUUCGCCGAGGUGGAGUGCCUGGCCGAGUCCCACCAGCACCUCAGCAAGGAGUCGCUGGCCGGCAACAAGCCCGCCAAUGCAGUGCUGCACAAGGUGCUCAACCAGCUGGAGGAGCUGCUGAGCGACAUGAAGGCGGACGUGACGCGGCUGCCCGCCACCCUGUCGCGCGUGCCCCCCAUCGCCGCCCGACUGCAGAUGUCCGAGAGGAGUAUCCUCAGCCGGCUGGCCAACAAGGGCACAGAGACGCACACGCCGCCGCCGAUCCCGCCGGGACCGUACGCCACCCCACAGAACUACGGUGCCCCCUUCACUCCGGCUCCACCAGGGGGCAUGGCCCUGGCAGGGGCCAACUACACCCAGAUGCCCCCGGGGUCCUUCAUAUCAGUGCUUAAUGGGCCUCCCAUGUCGGUGAAGAAGGAGCAGCGUGAGGCCGAGCUGAUGAUGGUCCAGCGUGGGAGGGAGCAGCGGAGCGGAGAGGUCAUCUGCAUCGACGACUGAGUCUGACUGAAGUCCCUUAUGUAGACCUCAAACACACACACACUCACACACACACGCUUACUCACACACACUUACUCACACACACUUACUCACACGCUCCCACAGCUGGGUCACGCUCCCAUUCUAAGAACGUCUUGCCCCCGGAAUGCUCUUGCAUUGACUAGAGACCCACACACGCACACACACACACACACACACACACUCAUAACACAAACACGUGCACACAUCUGCACACACACACAUACACACAUGCAUACAUAUUAAUGAGAAACUACAGUCCAAGUCCCAAAUCCACAAACAUCUGCUCUUAUAAUCUACGAUCUCCCCAGUCUUGCCCUUGCAUUGCACAAACGAACUUGCAAACAUACACACACACACAAACACACACAUUUACAGACACAAAAACAUACACACACACAAACACACACACAUACACACUCCAAAUGUGCACACAUUCUUGUGGUCCAUACUAUCGCAAUCUCUUCUCCUCUGCUCUCUACAUGUUGCACUCUAUCUGCCUCAAAGCAACUGAUCUCUCUAUCCCAGAAACAGUUUGCGCGCACACACACACACACACACCCAAACUCACACACGCCCCGCCACAAACACUCCCCGCCACAAGAUGCAAACAAAAACAUAACCCUCGCGUUGCUAUCUUGCCAGUGACCGCAACAUGAAGCUGCAUGACUGUAUGUGAAAAAAAAGAGAAAAAAAAAAAAUUUUGCCUCCAUUGACCACCAUUUGUGUUCCCUACAGGCAUGCUCCACUAGCAGACUCCCGCCACGCAGUCACCAUAUCCACUUUAACACAUUACAAAUCACAUUAAUGUCAAGUAGUGCUUACGUUUAUCGCAAAAACAAAAAAAAGAUUGUCGACUGUGUCGAUCUCCAGACCAAGGCAUAGGUGUACCCUUCUGCCAAUGCACUCCAGAGCCGAACAGACUUUGAUGGGCACGCUCCCACUCAAAGCAUGAGUGAAUGGGGUAAAGUUAGGCACACCGUCGAUGGGUGAACAGGCUUCAUAUACAAAUCAGUGGUCAGCUCGCGCGGGCAACGCCAUUAACGGGGUCGCAGCACUACGCCUAGCCAUUUUCGUAGAUGCACCAUACCGCUAUGUCAUGGAUUCUUUUGUCCAAGAGUUCUUCCUUACAUUCCUUCCUGGAAUGUAACGUGUAUCAAUCAUUUUAUGGCGAGAUCUACCUUGUGUCGUUAACGGUUUGUUAAACCCCUCCGUACACAGAAUGAUGGCGUAUGUACAACGGCCUUAAGUAUUUCCGUCGAUCGGUGCAAUCGGAGAUUGAAAGAUUAGCUGUUAGCAGCGUAGCCACAGAAUGGUCCUCCCUGUGUGAGGGGGGGUCGCUGGAGUCUGGCCUGUGGGCCUGGGGUGUUUCUAAAGAGUUGUUUAUGAAAGGCCUUAUAACUGUACAAGUAGGCAACAAGGCAGUUUUCUCCCAGAGAAUGUUUUGUUCGUUUUAGAGUGGCGAGCUAUUUCAAAGCUAUCCUUUUACUUGCCCACCACGCCACCCCCCCGGCCCCAAAACAACCCCCCCCCCCCCCCCUCUCUUGACCUCUCCUCUGAACACACGACAUCCUUUAUGGCCCCCUAUCUCCUCCUCCCUCUCUCUCUCUCUUGUUUAUUUUUCCAAGUUUCUAAUCCUCCUUUUUACAAGACUCUGUGAUAUCCUUUGCAUAUUUAAACUUGGUUCAAUGUGUUCUCGUGUGUUUAAUUCUUGUUAUUACGACUGCGGUUCAUAUUAUUAUUGUUGCCGUUGCUGUCAACAUUGUCCUUGCUGUUGCAAUUAUGAAGCUUUUACCAAAUUAAAAGAAGAGAAAAAAAAAAUCAAGAAAAAUUGAGAUCAUUUAAACAUUUCUGUGCUAGUUUGCGUUCCAUCGUGUUUCUCUACAUCGAGCAUCAUAUAGCCGACAUCGGACGAGGAGGUUGAAGGAACUUCGGAAUUAAAGAUAAUAAUACAAACGUCUUUUUCUUGCUUAAACUCUCUACAGACAGGCCUUGCUAAUAAUCCAGACUUCUAGUCUAAACCCUGGAGACGUGACAAGAGUGUAACGGAAAUAACGCUAUUCUCCAAAAUCAGCAAGCUGAAAAAAAAAAAGUCAAACUCGUUUCUCUGGAAAAGGCCUCUGAGGCAAAGUUUUUUGUUUUUUUUGCUGUCUUUUGUUUCUCUCCUCACUCUCCGUUUCACUCCAAAUGUCCUGCACAUGUACACACUGACAUGCUGUACGCGCCUUAAUCAAUGCAGAGUUCAGUAAGUGCGAAGAGCUCGAGUUAACCAGGAGUACUCCUUACAUGCUUGCUGUUGUAGUCUACGAUUAGCUAGGCCUCAACUUGUACUGACUUCAGAUUAUUAGAAUAGUAGAAAGAGUUAAUUUAUUUCCCCUACAAGCAACCCCCCACCCCCCAGCCCCUGGCAAAGUAUCCCUUUCAAAUGAAGACUUUCAAAUGAGUAUUAUGGCAAGUGAUAUAUUUGUCAUUCAGUGUUUCGCAACCCCCUUAUCAUAACUGAAAGGCUUUGUCAAAAUACGCACUUUUCCCCUUUCCUCUCUGUCUCUCUCUCUCUCUCUCUCUCGCCCUUCUCUCACUUUCAUUUGUCAUUUUUUUCAGAGAUUGUCUUUGUUCUGUUUUUUGCCUUUUUGUUUUUCAUUUGUUUCUUGGUAUCCGUCACUGUGUAAGAGUUGUGGAACCGAACAAUCAGUGACAGUGUUGUUUAGUCCUUUCGGGCACCUUGCGGAACAUGUCAAUAAUGCAUCUCUCUUUUAUUUUGUUCUUGUUUUGUUUGUAAUAAAAUAAAGUUAAAA